AACAUGCUCUCUCUCUCUCUCUGUUUGUUGAGAAGUUUUGUCAUCUAAUGAUUUAGAGUUUGUUCAAAUUUCUGUAUUAUUUCUAUAUAUAUACAAAAGGACGGAGUAUCAAUUCAAUUGUAAUAGCAUUCAUUCACUUGCAUUUCAAAACGCAUCACAGAAAAUGGAGAAAUCCGGCUAUGGCAGCGACGGCGUGUUCCGAUCGGUUCGCCCUCCGCUAUCCCUCCCCACAAACCCCAACCUCUCCAUCGUCUCCUUCCUCUUCCGAAACGCUUCCUCCUUCGCCGACAAGCCCGCCCUAAUCGACGCCCACACCGGCCAAACCCUCACCUUCUCACACUUCAAAUCCAUGGUCUCCAGAGUCGCCCAGGGCUUGCUCCUCCUCGGCAUCAAGAGAAACGACGUCGUCCUUAUUCUUUCCCCCAAUUCCAUCCAGUUCCCCCUCUGUUUCUUCGGAUCCGCCGCCAUCGGCGCCGUCGUCACCACCGUCAACCCCGCCUACACCGCUGCGGAGGUAUCCAAGCAGCUCAAGGAUUCAACGGCCAAGAUGAUUUUCACCGUCGAGGAAUUACUCCCCAAGGUCAAAGACUUCGGCCUCCCCAUUGUUCUGCUCGGUGAUUCCAACCAUCGGAGAAUCCCCAAAAUCACUCUGUUUUCGGAGCUGGUGGCAAACGAGGGGUCGGUGGAUAUCGACGGCGAUUCGUUCGGAAUCAAACAGGACGACACAGCGGCGCUGCUCUACUCCUCGGGGACGACCGGCGCGAGCAAGGGCGUGGUUCUGACGCACCGGAACUUCAUCACCGCGACGCAGAUGAGCACCGCGGAUCAGGAGAGGGGCGAGGUGUUCCUGUGCGUGCUGCCGAUGUAUCACGUGUUCGGGCUGGCGGUGGUGCUGCUCGCGCAGCUGCAGCUUGGCAGCACCGUCGUUUCGAUGAGCAAGUUCGACUUUGAGUUGCUACUGAGGUCGGUGGAGAAGUACAGAGUGACGCAGCUGUGGGUGGUGCCGCCGAUCAUACUGGCGCUGGCCAAGAACGAUUUGGUGAAAAAGUACGAUAUGUCGUCGUUGAAGAGUGUUGGAUCAGGCGCUGCUCCUCUCGGCAAGGAGCUCAUGCAGGAUUGUGCUAAAAAAUUCCCUCUCGCUGAUGUUAUGCAAGGGUAUGGAAUGACAGAAACCUGUGGAAUUGUUUCUGUGGAGAAUCCAGAUGCAGGGUCUCGACUUUCUGGUUCUGCCGGCAAGCUUGUUCCUGGAAUGGAGUGUCUAAUAGCUAGCGUCGAAACAUUGAAGCCUCUUCCGCCCAACCAGUUGGGGGAAAUUUGGGUGCGAGGACAGAAUGUAAUGCAAGGUUAUUUCAGGAAUCCGCAGGCCACAAAGGAUACGAUAGAUGAACAAGGUUGGAUGCAUACGGGAGAUCUUGGAUACUUCGAUGAGGAUGGCCAGCUAUAUGUUGUUGACCGAAUUAAAGAGCUCAUCAAGUAUAAGGGGUUUCAGGUUGCUCCAGCGGAGCUUGAAGGGCUGCUCGUUUCCCAUCCCGAGAUAUCAGAUGCUGUGGUCAUCCCAUAUCCGGAUGAAGAAGCUGGUGAAGUCCCGGCUGCUUAUGUUGUUCGGGCGCUUACCAGCUCACUGACUGAAGAAGAUAUCAAGAAAUUCAUUGCCGAUCAGGUUGCACCUUUCAAACGAUUGAGGAGAGUUACGUUCGUGGACAGUGUCCCGAAAUCGGCUGCUGGGAAAAUACUGAGGCGCGAACUGAUCGACAAUGUCAGGCGUGAAGUGAUUGGCAAACUCCGAUCAAAGCUGUAAUCUCUUUCAUCAUUAUUUAUAUCCACAGUUUCGGAACUGGAAUAUUAGUAUGCUCUGUAGUACUCUUUCCUAAACUUCUACGAGUGAGAGUGACUACAUAAAGAUGCUUAUGUGAAUAAAUAGACUUUGCAUACUAGUAUUUUUAUUUUGAGGUA